AACCUUCGACACGGCCGGUCAAGCGCUGUCUCGCCCCCGCUGACCGAGUCGUGCGCUCCGGUGCAAUUACACGGCGUGCGAGCACGGUAUCAACUACACCCGCCGCGGCCGCCCACCGCUCAGUCGUCGCGCCACAUUCGCUCCGAAUACACAUCCAUUAACCACUCAGCUGUGAAAAAGAAAAUAAAGAAGUGAAUAAUGGCCGCUUCGCGUGCAACGUUUGUUGCGCUCGUGUGCGCUCUCGCGCUCGCCACCGCCGAUGUGCAGAAUCCGCUCAGUGACGAUUUCAUCAAUCUCAUCAACACAAAGCAAAACUCUUGGAAAGCUGGUAGGAACUUCCCAGAGCACACGCCCUUCGCACACAUCAAGAGAUUAGCGGGUGUCCUGCCAGAUUACCAUUUGUCUAAAUUAAGCAAAGUUGAACAUGAAGAUGAAUUGAUUGCGAGUUUACCGGAGAACUUUGACCCGAGGGACAAAUGGCCGAACUGCCCUACUUUGAACGAAGUCAGAGACCAGGGGUCUUGUGGUAGCUGCUGGGCGUUUGGCGCUGUGGAAGCAAUGACCGACCGGUACUGUACAUACUCCAAUGGAACUCAACACUUCCAUUUCUCCGCUGAAGAUCUCUUAAGCUGCUGCCCAAUCUGUGGUCUCGGAUGUAACGGAGGUAUGCCAACGUUAGCUUGGGAGUACUGGAAGCAUUUCGGGCUUGUGUCUGGUGGAAGCUACAACUCAAGUCAGGGUUGCAGACCGUACGAGAUUCCUCCGUGUGAACAUCACGUACCCGGUAAUAGAAUGCCUUGCAAUGGUGAUUCUAAGACACCAAAAUGCGAAAAAACCUGCGAGUCAAACUACAAUGUUGACUACCGCAAAGAUAAGCGGUACGGCAAACAUGUUUUCUCAGUGUCAAGUAAGGAAGACCACAUCAGGGCUGAGUUAUUUAAGAACGGCCCAGUUGAAGGUGCGUUUACAGUAUACUCGGACUUGCUGAAUUACAAGACCGGUGUUUACAAGCACACUAUUGGCGACGCUCUCGGUGGCCACGCUGUUAAGAUCCUGGGCUGGGGAGUGGAGAAUGGAAACAAGUACUGGCUCAUCGCUAACUCAUGGAACAGUGACUGGGGUGACAAUGGAUUCUUUAAAAUCCUUCGCGGUGAGGACCACUGCGGUAUUGAAAGCUCUAUAGUAGCCGGUGAGCCAAUGUUCGUUGAAUAUUAGUUAAAGUUUAAUACUCUAGGCUUCUGUAAAUAGUGUCGUGUAGAUUAUCCAAGUACCAAAUUAUUAAGUUAAUGUUAAAAAUAUGAGCAACGAUACUUUUAAACCAAAUAAAUAUUUUGUACCUUAAUAAAAACUUAUUUUGUUUAUAA